CAUUCUUUCCUUCAUUUUAUUCUUUUUUCUUUAAUAUAAAACCAAUUGUGAAUUCUCCUUUACCUAAUCAUUAUUCUAUUAGAAUUUGCAAUAUUGUAUUUUUGAUAAAAUGAGGAGAUUUGUUAGUAUUUCUUUUAAAGACACUACAAAUAUGAUAAUGUGUGGCAUUUAGACUGAGAAUUUUUUUCAUGUUGCAAGUAUCAAAUCGCUUCACUGGAGUUAUAACACAGAGAGAACCCCUCUAUAACUCACUUUAUUUUAUUUAACAGAAUUAACAAUUAAAGGAAUUCAACUUGACUCCAUCAACGAGAGCAAUGAUGGUCAUGAAUCUGGGCAAUGGAAGUAUUCCAAAGGUCUUCAUUCUCUUGGGUUUCUCUGAACAUCCCUGGUUGGAAAUGCCUCUGUUUGUCAUGGUGCUUGUUGCUUACAUCUUCACGCUGGUGGGCAACAUCUCAAUUAUUGUCGUAUCCAAGAUAGAUCCUCACCUCAACAGCCCUAUGUACUUCUUCCUUUCCAACCUCUCCUUCCUGGACCUUUGUUUUACCACAACCACCAUCCCUCAGCUGCUGCUGAACCUCUGGGGACCAGAUAAGUCUAUUACCUAUGGGGGUUGUGUGACUCAGUUUUAUAUGUUUCAUUUCCUGGGGGCAACUGAAUGCAUCCUCUUAGCUGUGAUGUCCUUGGAUCGUUACACUGCCAUCUGCAAGCCCUUGAGGUACCCAGCUAUCAUGAAUCAGAAACUUUGUUUCCUCCUAGUAGUCAUAGCUUGGCUAAGUGGUUUGGCUAACUCCUUGCUUCAGUCAUCCCUUACUGUCCAGCUGCCACUUUGUGGUAACAACAAGGUAGAAAACUUCCUGUGCGAGGUUCCAGUGAUAAUCAAGAUGUCAUGUGUCAACACCACAUUCAAUGUAGCUAUGCUCUCCAUUGUGGGGAUAUUCUAUUCCCUGGUGCCCUUGUCACUUAUCCUUGUCUCUUAUGGGUUCAUUCUAGCUACCAUCCUGAGAAUUCGGUCCUCAGAGGGAAAGAAGAAGACCUUUAACACAUGUGGUUCUCAUGUUAUUGUUGUAUCUCUUUUCUAUGGGCCAGUCAUUAGUAUGUAUGUCCAACCCUCUGCUACUAACUUCCAGGACAGUAACAAACUCAUGUCCCUGUUCUACAGUUUGGUGACUCCUAUGCUUAAUCCUUUUAUCUACACUCUGAGAAACAAGGACAUGAAAGGGGCGAUGAGGAGACUUCUUCUCAUUGUACCACUAGGGAAGGAGAGCAAACAUAACACCUUCCAUAUGCAGCUCAGAUGA